UAAAACUCGUUUAAUUGGGUGCAUUAUACUCAAACGGUCAUGCCCUCUAAUUAUUAUUUUGUUAAUUAUCAUUUUAAUGAAUUCUACUCAUAUUAUUACAGCAUAAUGUUAGGGAACAGGUCAGGUUGAAGGUUCUAUUGCUAACUGGGCAACUAUCGUUGAAAUUUUCUGUAAAAUAACCUGAAUUGCUUCAGUAGCCAAAUGUCCUACUGUAUAAAGGGCAUGCCUGACACAUAUCUGAUGUAAACUGAUUUCAGCCAACAUAUUAGCCUGUGAAUAAAUAAGACAAGACCCUACACCACCAAGUUGUUUUCGUGCCCACAAUAAAUUAUGUUCACUAAUGUGAGUGACAGCCAGCCUUAGAUUACGUUUUUAUCAUAACUGAGCUCUGAUUUGUUUUCACUGGCCACGCCUUCAUUUCCCCGAGUGGCUCCCGAGAAUCUGCGCAUCUACCACGUUCAUGGGAAACCUUUAAUCUCGCUCAGACAGCAGACAGCAUCAAUUCCUUCCCAUCAAAGCCACAGAUAACUGAGAAUCAAGGCAGUUCCUGGCUCCAAACGUCUAAGUGACCAUUAAUCGAUUGUGUUGAGAGCAUGAAUCUCAGCCUCUCAGACCAGAGCAUGCACACGUCCAGUGAGGGCUACCUGGAGGAGGAAAAAGGUGAGCUGCUACACCCUUGUUUCCGAAGAAACGUGUACGAUGAUUCCCUGACUACCUACUCAAAUGGAUCCAUCAUCUCCCAGCUGCUGAGGAAAACUAUUCAGAGUAAAAGGGUCCUAGAGGACAAUCUUUUCUACCUGCCAGCCACUGCUGUGACCAGCUCCACCAUGGCCGACUCCAGCCAGGAGGACCAGAGCAGCAACUCCUCCAAAGAGAGCAUGGCAGAGCUGGCGUCUCCUGGCAGCCACCCCUCCGUCACGACCAGCCCUCAGGCCGACAGGCCCCUGAACGAGCACCUUCAGGCCAAACGUGCCCGGGUGGAGAACAUCAUCAGAGGCAUGGCAGGAUCUCCUAACGCGCGGAAUCCGGGGGAAGGGGAGCGUAGCGAGGCCGACGGCAGGGAUGCGAGAGAGGCCUACAGGGAGAACAAAAGGAAGCAGAGGCUGCCUCAGCAUCAGGAGCACAGUCUGGGCGGAGGCCUUGGCGUCAGCCGAGGGGGGAGCGGCAGUAAGGAAGAGGAGUGUCAGAGGCUCAAGGAGCAGCUGCAGACCAUGCAGAGGCUCCUCAGGCAGCUCCAGGAGAAGUUCUUCCAGGUUUACAAUCUGAGCGAUUCUGAGCAGGAGGACCGGGAGGAGGUGGGUCCAGCUGGGUCUAUAGAACGUGAAGACCUCGCGCAUAUCAAAGAACCCUUCGAAGGGUCUGACUCUGAGUUUCACAGGGACCAGGACGGUGAUUUUGAAAAGAGGAGGGACAGCAUUAAAGCCAGCCGAAGAGAUGCAGUAAAGACACACAGCAGCCAUUUUGCAUUUCUCAAGGAGGGCAAGAAUCUACCAGAGACGCUCAAGUAUGAGCUCUCCAAAGCUGUGAGUGAGAGUGUGGACUUGGUUUUUAAACAGUUCUCCUCAGCUUUUACUCCCCAGCUGCAAAUGGGGCAAAUUCCAGCCCAUGUUAAUAUAGGACCCGAGAAGAAGACCCAAAUAGCAUGUGUGCAAGAGCAGCCACACACUGAAGAUUCCAUGAAGACAAGGUCCCUGGAAUAUUAUGAGAGUGCUGAGGUGCAAAUACCUGAGGACCAGACAGAGGCACUUUCACUGGUGGUUCGUAAGCCACCUCUGAGCCACCCAAGUUCUAUGAAUCAAGCAGUGAAAAGACCCUACCCGGUUCACCAGGCUCCCUUUCAGUUCAGCUACAGCACCCCCAUUCAUGAGAACCAGAUUCUGGAGCACCUCCUCAAGUAUGGCCCCCACGGCAAUUUCGGAAGCCUCCCGUGUCUGCCCCCACCUGUGGACAGGUCCUCCCCAGAUUCGGUAGACUUGCCGUGGGACACCAUUUCUGCCAGGCCCAAGGUGAGCUCCACUCAGAUGGCCCACCAUGCCCGAUCAACAGCCUUGGGACAGGUGUCGAUGGAUAGCCUUUGCCUCCCUCAUGUUAAGAUGGAAUGCGGGGAUCUGCAGAGCCUGGCGGAGAGAAACCCUUAUAUGUCGCUCAAUAUUCAGGAAGGUCUGACACCCAACCAUCUGAAGAAAGCGAAGUUGAUGUUCUUCUACACCCGCUACCCAAGCUCCAAUGUGCUGAAGACCUUUUUUCCUGAUGUCAAGGUAAGCAAAUUCAACCGCUGCAUCACCUCCCAGCUGAUCAAGUGGUUCAGCAACUUCCGUGAGUUCUACUACAUCCAGAUGGAGAAGUUUGCCCGUCAGGCCAUCGUGGAUGGAGUGAACAACGUGAAAGACAUGUCAGUCACCAGGGACACCGAGCUGUUCCGCGCCCUCAACAUGCACUACAACAAAGCCAAUGACUUCCAGGUUCCAGAGAGAUUUCUUGAGGUUGCUGAAAUCACACUCCACGAGUUUUUCAACGCCAUUUCCUUGGCCAAAGACACAGACCCUUCGUGGAAGAAAGCGAUCUACAAGGUCAUCUGUAAACUGGACAGCGAUGUCCCCGAUGAGUUCAAAUCAUCCAACUGUGCGUAGAAGGUGCACAACAUGGUGUAUGUUUACUAUGAUCUGGUAAAAAAAAAAAAAUGAUGCGUCUUGCUGUGGAUGUGCAGUGCACUCUUGCUGAUCCCGAGAACUCGUGAAUUACUCUGUGUCUUGAAGGAGAGCCCUCAUCACUUCUGUUUUAAUUGGAUGUUGUAUAUUUAUGUAUCAGAUACAUCAGUAGUUGUAUUGCUGGAGGAGUGGUUUAGCACAUGUGAAGCUCUAUAACUGGACAAAUUAUAAUAUUAUUGACUGGUUGGUUUGCCACAUUCAGUAUAGGUAUGUGAGUAUACCUUUGUCCUCUGAUGAGAAGGUGUGUGACUCCUGGAGGAGUGUUUCGCCAGUGAAUGAAAGAAAAAAUAAGGAUUUGUGUCUCCUCAGACUAGGAUUUUUCUAUUUAUUGAACAACUGAUUUGGUUGGUAAUAAGAAUUGAACUGUAACGAAUCUGUCAUGAAUCUGUUGCUAUAAGCCACAGUUGAUGCACAAGUGGCUUUGAUCUACAGUAGAUCAUCGGGAAAUAACAAGCCAUGACAGAAUGAAUGACCUGCACACUUAAUCUCAAAUUCACUUAAUAAUGCCCUUAUGUUCUUAUGGUCAUAAUCCUGACUAGUCUAGCAUUUCCAUCACCCACUGCCAGGGGCAAGAGGGGGCACUGGAAUUGGCACACAAGGAUAUUUUUGGCUGGCCAGCCCUACAAAGGCGAAUGUCUGUGACUGAGUGAUGAAGUUACACCAUUGGUCGGCCAAGUUAUGAAGUUACACCACUGGUCGGCCGGAGAGGUCCAGCCAUAUACUAGGUUUUGACCUGGUCUUGUUCACCAACCAACAUCAUCAUUGUUCUUCAGAAUUUUAUGAGAUUCUGCUCAGUAGCUUUUUGCACAUCAUAACCACUCUCUCUAUUGUGAUCCUAAGUAUCUGAUAAAUGAACCAUUAUGAUUUUAGAGUUUGAGUAUGGUUCUCCCUUCAUGGAUUUCAACAAUUAGAAGAUGAUGGAUGACUCUUACCUUGUAUAAACUGUGCUGUAGAUAGAUGAGAACUAUUGACAAGGUUUGAGUGACAUCUUUGUUCUUUAAAUAUUUUUAGUUAUUGCUCAAAGGUAAGUGGCUCCUGCAGGAAGUGAUAAGCAAAUGCAGCAUUGCUGAGACGUGUUCUUUAUGAAUAUAUAUUUAAAGAUGGUUUUUAUCUAUGAAAGAACAGUUUUUGGAAGUUUUUAUUUUUUUGAAGAAAAUGUCUGGAUUUUGGAGUAGUGAUAUGUAUAGUGCAAGUAGUUUGCAGAAUAUUUGUGCCCAUUUGCCAGAGGCCUUUAGAUGUCAGUAGUGGAAAGUCCAUGUAGAGGCCAAUGCAGUUUUCUCCUCGUGUGAAAAUUCAGUUUUGGGGUCAAAUUAUUGGCCCACUAAAUGGAACUUAUGAAAAGGUGUUCAUGUGGACGUUAUACUUGGAAACUCCACCACAGCAUUUUGUCAGUGCUGUGGUCGAGUGGUAACAUUAUUUCCAAUCAGGGAUAAACAUUCUACACACCUCUUCUACACUUUUUUUGUUUCUAUAGUCAGUGCAAUUUAUUCUCUUAAGUUUACAUUUUUGUAGUGGUUUCUUAGGUAGGCAAACUGCGACAAUAAAGCUAUGAUUCGUUAUUUU